AUCCAUCCUUGCGCCAAAGCGAUUCUUUUUCUCCGACCUUUCAGUUCUUCCCCCAACCUAGAUUUUCCGUCGUAAGCCGCCGCCGACUGUCUACCAACCUCCCGGCCCCCCACGACGACACCAUGCUUCGCCAGCUUGGAGCCGCUCCCCUCGCGCGCGGCCGCUUCGCCGUCACGCCAUCAACCAAGGCGAUCCGCACUUUGUCGUGCUCACCAGCAGCUCGCGCCGACGAUGCUACGACCCCUUCUCCCGCCGCCGGUGACAGUGCCGCACCCACCGAGCCGGCCCAGCCCAAACUGCUUUUCCGUAAGAUCUAUAAGAAGCAAAGGACAGCGGACCAGAAAGCCGACAAGAAAGGCGACAAUGGAUCCGACAUGAAAGUCGACAAGGAAGCCGGCAAGGAAACAGACAAGACCGGCGUCAAUAAAUCGGACAAAAAAGCCGGCAAGAAAGCCAACGAAGAAACGGACAAAUUGGCAGAAGCCCAGAGGGAAUUCGAUAUACAACUCAGCCGGUUACGAAACGACCUCGCCCAGCUAAAGAAAUCCAACAACAAGUUGCGAAAAGACAAGGGGGCCUUACGGCUAGACAUUGUCAAUAUGAAGAAAGCUUUCAAAGGGGUGCCUCCUACGGCAGCGGUGCAGAGGGACGGCCAAUUGCUAGAAUUAUACAACAAGAUCGCCAAAGAAGCACGCGAAUUCAAGGCCGGCACUCCCCAGUCCGUCGAGGUGGUCGAUGGUCAGCAGCAGCUCGUCAUCACCUUCGCCCAGCCCGACGGCACCACCAAGCAAGUGGCCAUGUCCCUCCACUGGCUGCGCGACACCUGCAAGUGCCCGCACUGCGUGAACCCCGACUCGGGCCAAAAGAACUUCUCCAGCACCUCUCUGCCCGAGACUCUCGAGGUCCAAAGCGCCGAGGUCAACGCCGCCGACGGCUCCGUCACCAUCGUCUGGGCCAACGACACCGUCAGCACCAACGCCACGUCCGAGGCCACCACGCACACCUCGACCUACGACGCCUCCGACAUCUUUACCUGGCAACUUCCGUACGACCUCGCCGGCAACCUGCUCCCCGUCGAGCGCACGCUCUGGGACCGCUCCAAGCUGCAAGCCCACAUCGACUCGGGCGACCUGCGCGUCUCGUACAACGACUGGCUGACCUCCGAUGCCGCCUUUUGGAAAGCCUUUGAGUCUCUCGCCCGCUUCGGCAUUCUCUUCGUGCACUCGAUCCCGUCCGACCGAGCCCUCGUCGAAUCCCAAGUCGAAAAGAUCGCCAACCGCAUCGGCAUCCUCAUGCACACCUUCUACGGCUUCACCUGGGACGUGCGCUCCAAGCCUCGCGCCGAGAACGUGGCCUACACCAACGUCUUUCUAGGCUUGCACCAAGACCUGAUGUACAUCGACCCGCCUCCCCGCCUGCAGCUCCUGCACUGCAUCUCCAACUCCUUCCAGGGCGGCGAAUCUCUCUUCAGCGACGGAGCGCGCGCCGCUUACUCCCUGGAACUCAACAACCCACUAGCCUUUGACCAGCUGCGCGGCAACCGCUCGCCGCAGUUCCACUACCACCGCAACGGCAACGACUACCACAUGGGCCGCAACACGUUCCGGUACGCCGGGCGGACGGGCGAAGGCAAGGGGUUUCUGAGCCGGAUCCACUGGGCGCCGCCGUUCCAGGCGCCGUUUAGCCGGCAGACGGGCGCCACGGCGACGAACGUGCUCGGCAACCGCGUCAUUCAGGACGGCGGCGGCGGUGCUUAUGCCGAGAACGAGCAUGCGGUGGUGGUGGAGGAAAAGGGCAAGAACAUGACCAAGUGGGUGCCGGCGGCCAAGGAGUUUGAGCGCGAGAUUAGCGCCGAGGAGAACAUGUUUGAGCUCAAGAUGAAGGAAGGAGAGUGUGUGAUUUUCGAUAACUGGCGAGUGUUGCAUGGGCGCAGGGAGUUCCAGACGGAAGGACAGGCGGAGGGCGCCGAGAGGUGGCUCAAGGGCACAUAUAUUAGCCAUCAGGUGUACAAGGCCAUGGAGGAUAAGUUGCAGUGGAGGUUGGCGCAGAAGGAAGGGGGGAUUCCUUUGGCUAUUGGCGUGGCGGAGGCGCAUGGGUUGGGCUGGAAGGAGAGGGGGCAGUUGCCCAAGAAGGAGGCUCCUAAGCAGGAGACUACUGCCCCUGUUCAGCCCAAGGAGGAGGCACCCAAGGUCGAGGAGGCACCCAAGGUCGAGGAGACUCCCAAGGUUGAGGAGACUCCCAAGGUUGAGGAGACUCCCAAGGUUGAGGAGACUCCCAAGGUCGAAGAGGUUCCCAAGGUCGAGGGGGCCGGGAAGCCCGAGGAGGCUCAGAAUGAGGGUCCUUCGCGCCAGCCUAAGGAGCAAUUGGGCACGGUGAACUGGAACGCAUAAAGCCGGGCGAGAAGAUAGGGUGAUCGGAAGCUGUAUGAUGUGUAAUGACCUCUUGGGAGCGAGGCGUAUGUAGACUACUGUAUAUAUUACGAGGUUUGAUACCAAAUCAAGGAACACGAAGAACUCUAGAAUCUUGGUCAUCUGUGUUUUUCGCCGUUCAGGGGUG